AUUGCUGAAUUGCUCUAUAUGAAAAAAAAAGUUUUAACCAAAGAGUUAUUGAAAGAGUUAUUUAUUGUGUGCUAUUUGACACCAUGGUUCGACCCCUAAGAGACGGAGAUGACCUCCCCGGCUUUGAAGCGCCUGUAGAAGAUAAUUCGGAAAUUAAUACUCUGUCAACUAAAAAACAAAAAAAGAAUUCUGGAGGUUUUCAGUCAAUGGGACUAAGUUUUCCUAUUCUUAAAGGCAUUACUAAAAGAGGUUACAAGCAACCGACACCCAUACAGCGUAAGACAAUCCCUAUAGCGCUGGAUGACAAAGAUGUGGUGGCUAUGGCACGCACUGGAUCAGGCAAAACUGCUUGUUUUGUACUUCCAAUUCUCGAAAAACUUCUGUCGCCAGUAAAUAAACCUCUGCCCGGAAAGAAUUUCAGAGCGCUUAUUCUAUCUCCUACAAGAGAGUUAGCCUUACAGACACUAAGAUUUACACGUGAAUUAGGAAAAUUCACUGGACUAACUUCAGCAGCGAUUCUCGGUGGUGAAUCUAUAGAACAGCAAUUUGGAGUUAUGUCAGGAACUUCUCCAGACAUUGUUGUUGCCACACCUGGCCGUUUCCUUCACAUAUGUAUAGAGAUGAACCUCAAGCUAGAUAAUAUAAAAAUUGUAGUAUUUGAUGAAGCUGACAGAUUAUUUGAACUUGGGUUUGGAGAGCAAUUACAAGAAAUAGUAGCUCGUCUACCAUCAAACCGACAAACACUUUUAUUUUCUGCAACACUACCUAAGAUGUUAGUAGAGUUUGCCCGUGCAGGUCUUAGCAAUCCUGUCCUGAUACGCCUAGACGUUGACUGGAAGUUACCUUCAACGUUAUGGCUUGGUUGGAUAUAUGUCAGAUCAGAACUGAAAACAGCAGCAUUAUUAUUCUUGUUAGACAGAGUAUUGACUCCUACCACUCCUCAGGCAGUAGUUUUUGCUGCUACCAAACAUCACGUGGAAUACUUGCAUUUGAUACUACAACAAGCAGGAAUCACAUCGACAUAUGCUUAUUCUGGACUGGAUCCGUCGGCCCGAAAGAUUGCUCUUGGAAAGUUUAUGAAUAAGAAAUGUGCCGUACUUCUAGUAACAGACGUUGCUGCCAGAGGACUGGAUUUACCUUCUUUAGAUACUGUCAUCAAUUAUAAUUUCCCCGCCAAACCCAAACUGUUCGUACACAGAGUUGGGCGCAGUGCGAGAGCUGGUCGUGCGGGGCGAGCUCUUUCCCUGGUAUCAGCUGAAGACGUGGCUCACUUGCUGGACUUGCAUCUAUUCCUGGGUGCGAAGCUGAUCAUGCCUGACGAGGUGACCGAGUGUGGGGACGCGUGUCCGAGUGGAGUGUGGGGGAGCGUCCCCGCCAGCGCGCUGGAGCUACGACACCAGGACGUGCUUGCCUGGGAGAAGAACCACUCGGAGAUCGAGGAGGCGGCGCGCACGUGCUCGCGCGGCUGGCAGCAGUACGUGCGCUGGCGCGAGCCCGCGUCCGCGGAAGCCAACCGCAAGGCCAAGGCCGCGCCGGCCCCCGCGCGCGCGCACCCCUUCCUGGCGCACGCGCCCGACCGCGCCCCGGACCUCGCCGACCUCGUGCGCAACUACACGCCUAAAGGGACAAUUCUGGAGCUCGGUGGAAAACACGACUCUCCGAUGUGUCUCGCCAUGAAAGCAAAGAGACGUGUGCACGGAAAGACGAUCCAGAAAACGAGGGAGAAUAAAAAUCAACAGGGAGAUGGGAUUUUGGAUGAAAAUCACGAGUCACCGAAGGAAAUUGUGAAAUUAGCAACUGUGAAGAAGAAGAAAAAGGUUCCACAACGAGAUGAAAACUACAUACCUCAUUUCGCUAGCGACCAGCAUACUGAGGCUGGUAUGGCGGUGAACUUCGCGGCGGGCGCGUCGUCGGCAGAGCUGGAGCUGCGCGGCGACUGCGAGGCGGGCCUGCGCACGCGCCGCGCGCAGCUGCGCUGGGACCGCAAGCGCAAGCGCAUGGUGCACGUCGACCCCGACGGCGGGCGCAAGAUGAUCCGCACGGAGAGCGGCGGGCGCGUGCCGGCGUCGUUCCGCAGCGGCCGCUACGACGCGUGGCGCGCGCGGAACGAGCCCGGCGAGCACGAGCCCGGCGAGCGCGGCGAGCACGAGCCCGCGUCUGAAUUCCGACCUCGGUGGGUGAAACAUAACGAACGAGUGGCUAAGAAAAAAUCGGAGGCCUCCUCGAAAGAAUUCCGCGACAAACAACAAAUUGUCAAAGAGCGCUUGCGGAAAGAAAAAAUCAAGCAGAAGCUGAAAUACAAAAUGCGUCUUAAGAAGAAAAAGAAGUGAGCAGUACUGGGCGAAUAAUAAAUUAUAUAGAUACAAA